CCGGGUUGAGAACAGAGGACGCGCAUGUGGCGCCUGCUUGGACUUGGAAGCUCACAUUUGGAGGAAGGCGAGUCUGGAGAGAGUCUGUAUACUGCGCGUGUUUUGGUGGUAGGCGAUGUUGGCGUCGGCAAGCAUGCGCUUAUGUCGCUGCUGCGAGGGAUCGAGCCCACCGCUGGUGAUCUGCUGGUGCCGAUCGAGACAGGAGGUGAGUCCGGGGCCACCAGCUCGGCCAUCCGCCUUGAUCCACCGCCGCGGUCCGCGCUCCCGCCGCUCGAGCUCGAACUGACUGUGGCGGCUGGUUCCGAGGCGUACAAUCAGACAGCGAUGGACGCUUUGGUUGCGCGCGCAAGCCCGGAUCUGGUCCUGUUGUGCUUCUCGCUGUAUGAGCAGUCGACACUGGUGGUGGCCGGCGACUUUUGGUCGACUGCUCUUGCCAAUGCACUGGUGGCUGUCCAGCCCGAUGCCCUGCCACGACUGGUGUUGAUGGGCCUGGAUCUGAUCCCCGAGGCGACGCGUUCCGAGUUGCUGCCCAUCCGGCAUGCUGCGCUCGAGCGCGCCCGUGCAGACUGGUAUGCGCUGCGGGCUAACGAGCGCCAGCAGCGUGAAGACGCGCUCGCCGCCCUUGACGCAAUCGUACCCGAGGACGACUCGGGCGGCUUUGAGACAGACUCGGACUCGGACUCGGACGCUGGCCUUCCCGAUCGGCCUGGCCUAUCAAUAGUCUCGGUGGAGUCGUCCGCCGCGCUCUCGAUCACGCCCGAGGACCACGUCGAGCACCCGGUCGAUGCCGACCUGCUCGUCUCGGCCGCGUGCAUGCUCAGCAUCCCUGACGUCUGUCUCGUCACCGACAACACUGCACUGCUUGCAGCUGCGCGAGCUGCUGCCCGCUCGGUGGCGGGUCUUUCUCUCCGCACCAGCUGCAUCCGGGCCGAACUUGCCGACCUCGUCGCCCAUGCGCCACGCGGCCCGGUUGCUGCUGCUGCCACAAACGCCGCGGCACGAGUCGAUGCCUUUCUUGGCACGCUGCCGGUCCGCAAGCUCGCCGCCUCUGCCCCGCCGCAGAUCCGGAACGCGCUGCUUGCGGCGGCCUUCACUCAAGAGCGGGUCCACCGAUGUGCUGGCUGCCCGCCACUCCCGCCACCGCCCCGCUCCUCACCUGGCGCAGUCCUCUGUGCCGCUGACGAGACAGCCCAUGCGGCCUACAACGAGCCGGCCGUCGCCGCGCUCCUGCUCCCGCUUGUUGCAGCAAUGCGCGGCGUCGGGCCAGACGAGGCGCCAUCUUCCGAGUGCUGGGCCUUCUACACACGCGUCCGCGCUGCACUCCUCUCUGCGCUCGUCGCCGCCACGUCGGCACUGAUGUCGGCACGCAGUGCAUGUCCGACCUCUUGCCCGCGCGCCCUCUUGCUCACCCACAAGCUACGGCUCGCCAUUGCGCCGCAAGUCGAAAAACGCUCAUUCGCAGCGCCGGCGACUUGGACGGGCUGGUCAUGGCUUUCCAGGAUGUGAUCCUCAGCAAUGUCGGAAGCGGCGAGCUCUUUCUCGGGCUCGCGACGUCGCCGAUCGUCGACCGCGGCGCCGGUCCGUCAUCAAGCUGGUGGCUGUGGUAAGUGACAUGGGUUUAUGUCAGCAUCUCGGCUUCCAGCGCCUGCAGCUCCGCUUCCAGCUCGGCUUCGUCGAUAUCGGGCACGAUCGCACUCGAAAGAGGCAUGGCAAGAGCAGCUACGAUGUCGGCGGCAUCAACAGUCGUCGACGGUGCUGCCGGCGGAGCCUCGGGCGAUGUGAACGAUGCAAACGCAUCAGAUGUGACGUCCGGAACGCCGAGCUCCGGAGGCGCAGCCGCGAGCGCAUGAGGCGCCGCCUCCGGGUUGGGCCCGUUGAUGGCGCAAGCGUAAAAGGUGCACUCGGCUGAAGUACGGCCGCAGACCCAGCACCAGGUCGGCCCGCAGCAGACGACACAUGACAUGCGGUUGCACCCGUCGUCGCGCUGGACAAAGACCGAGCAGUGGGGGCACCGCUUCGACGAGGCAAGGACAAAGGCAAGCGAGCGCGCGGCAGCCGCAGCAGCGUCAGUCUCGGGCGCGUCGGCGAGCUCAGCCGCGAUCCGCUCCGCUGCCGCCUCGCACGUCUCGCCUUCGUGCCACGCCGAGCCGCAGUGGGAGCAUGCCGGGCGCCCGCACGCCCGACACAACGCCCGUGGGAAUCGGACCAGAUGUCCGAGCUCCAGCGCCCGGCGCACUUCUGGCGACGAAGGUUGCCCAAUGAUGGCCGACGAUAUCCGUGCCUUGGCCUCAGCAGUGAGCGUUGAGCCUGACAAGCCGUCGUCAAAAGCGGCAAAGUAGCUUGCGACUGCGGCGUCGAGCGCCGCUGUGGCGUGUUCGGGCAGAUCACGAAACGACGCCGCGGCCGCACCCAUCGCCGCCAUCGCCUCGGCCGUCACACCUGCAGCGCGCAUCUCUCGGCGCGUCGUCCGCAGCACUGCCUCGCGCUCCGCUUCGGACGUAGGUACCAUUGAAAUGAUCAGCCGCCC